UGCAGGGAGCGGACCGUGAGUGUGUUCUUGUUUGUCUAACGCGCUUUGUUUACCAACAUGAAGACAAAGGGUUGUAGUUGUGACUUCGUCGAGGCUAGAACAAGUAUCUGUGUUAGUUUUUCAGUGUGUCAAAUUUAAAAUGUCGAGACGAACGUGUCAAACAGCGUUUUCUGCAAUGUUAGCUAACCCAGCAUUUCUCUCUGUACCGUUAUUUGUCGGACAGAAGAAAUACAGAAACAUGAAAACAAAAUAUACCUCUCUUCAUAUUAAGGGAAAGCGAUGGGCAACCAAAAAGGCUAAGCACAUUAUUGCAGCUUAGGCUGUCACUAUGGGCACUGCAUCUUCUCUGGUCAGCCCAGGAGAGGUGAUCGAGGAUGGAUAUGGUGGUGAAGGUGGGGAGGCCUGUGAGAUCCCAGUGGAGGUGAAGCCCAAAGCCCGACUCUUGCGCAGCUCCUUCCGCAGAGCACCUCGGGUGAUAGGGGCCAGUUUUAAAUCCACAGGUUCUGUGGAUCUGGAGUAUGCAGCUGAAUAUGAAAGACUCCGCAAAGAGUACGAAAUAUUCCGUGUCAGCAAGAAUAAUGAGAUCUCGUCCAUGCAAAAGAAGGAGGCCAAGCUGGAUGAGGAGAACAAGAGGCUGAGAGCUGAGCUACAGGCUCUGCAGAAAACCUAUCAGAAGAUCCUCAGAGAAAAAGAGAGCGCUCUUGAAGCAAAGUACCAAGCUAUGGAGAGGGCUGCCACCUUUGAACAUGACCGGGACAAAGUAAAAAGACAGUUUAAGAUUUUCCGGGAGACAAAAGAAAAGGAGAUUCAGGACCUCCUGCGGGCCAAGAGGGAUCUGGAGGCCAAAUUACAGCAGUUGCAGGCUCAGGGUAUCCAGGUCUAUGACCCCAAUGACUCUGACUCAGAUGACAACCAAACCACAGUUACUGCUGCAGGAACACAGUGUGAGUACUGGUCUGGUGGUGUACUGGGAAGUGAGCCCUCUAUGGGAAGCAUGAUGCAGUUGCAGCAGACCUUCAGAGGACCGGAGUUUGCACACAGUUUGAUAGAUGUGGAGGGACCCUUUGCAAAUGUGAGCAGAGAUGACUGGGAUGCUGCAGUGGCCAGUCUGCUUCAGGUCUCCCCUCAUGUGCCCCAGGCCUUAUGGAGUAACUCAGUUCGCUGCUACCUAAUCUUUACCCAGGAGACCAAAGCUGAGCUUGACAUCUUUAUAAAGAAACACUCUCCUGUGUUACGGAGGUUAUGUGAGGGUCUUGGCCACUUCUACCUUAAUGUCUGUUUCCCCGAGGAAAAUGCCGCCUCGUACUCUGCGGAGCGCAAACAGGAGAUAGAAAGAAGCUCUGUGUGUGUGUUGCUUCUCAAAUCUACAGUCACGAGCUCUGCAGCAGAAGAUUGUGAGGAGGCUUUUGUGAAGAAUCCAGAUGGCCACCCACUGGUGCUCUACCUCAGGACUGAAGAGGGUCACAGUUUAAGCGGACCCACCAGGGAACUGUUAGAAAGCGUUAAUGCUGCAGACAAGGCUGCUAAAGUCAAGGUUGUGGAUCAUAGUGGCUCUGCAGAGGAGGGGGCUGCUCUCAUUUAUGCUCAGCUGGAGAAAGUCAUCAAACAGGAGUUGCUGGGUCUUGAAGUUGCAGAUGUUGACUCUAAGGAGUCUGGGAUAGAGGAGGGCCGCGAGGAAGACUCUGGAGAUGUGCUGUGGGACCUGCACGAUGAGCAGGAACAGAUUGAAUCCUACCAGCAGGCCUGUAGUGGCACAAACUCACAGUUAGGCUUUCAGAAGUACAUAGAUCGUUUGAAUGACAUGAUUGCUGCUCCUCCUCCAACUCCUCCUCUACUGGUGUCUGGGGGCCCAGGCUCAGGAAAGUCUCUGCUACUCUCUAAAUGGAUCGAGCAGCAGCAGAAGCAAUCUCCCAACACCUUGUUCCUUUAUCACUUUGUUGGUCGCCGGCUUUCAACAAGCGCUGAACCCGUUCUCAUCAUCAAACGCCUCACAGUGAAACUCCUGCAGCACUUCUGGUCCAUCUCCGGCUUGUCCAUGGAACCCAGUAAGAUCUUGGAGGAGUUCCCACGCUGGCUUGAAAGACUUUCAGCACGCCAUCAAGGAAACAUCAUCAUCAUAAUUGACUCCAUUGAUCAAAUACAGCAAGCAGAGAGACACAUGAAGUGGCUGAUUGACCCUCUCCCUGUUAACGUCAGAGUGGUGGUGUCUGUUAAUGUAGAGACAUGUCCACAAGCUUGGAGGUUGUGGCCCACGCUCCACUUAGACCCCCUGAGCCCCAGAGAGGUCAGGAGCGUUGUCAAUACAGAGUGUCAGAGUAUGGAUCUGAAAUUUACAAAGGACCAGGAGAAGAAGCUGGAGAGGCACUGUCGCUCUGCAUCCACCUGCAAUGCUUUGUAUGUCACGCUUUUGGCAAGGAUGAUUACCAGUGCAUCGUGUUGGGCGCUGGAGAAGAGCCUGGAGCAGUGUUUGCAGUGUCAGGACACAAUGUCCCUCUACCGCCUGGCACUCAAGAUGACGUUAACCUCCCUAAAGACGGACAGAGAGCGACACGCUAUGAGAGAGAUACUGUGCCUCGUGUGUGCCAGCCAUAAUGGAAUAAGUGAAUCGGAGGUGCAGGAUCUUUUCCCAGACGUAGAGCUGCCUGUUCUCUCUUCUCUGUUCCAUUGUUUGAACAGACUCUGCAUUGUUACACUCCGAUGUGGUCUUAUUACCUUUCAACACCUGCAGGCUUGGGAAUCUGUGAGGUCAGAGUUCCUUGGGGGAGGAAGCAACUCAGCUGCCUACAGAGAGAAACUCAUACAUUACUUCAGUCAGCAACUCAGUCAGGAUCGUGUGACUUGGCGUGUUGCAGAUGAGCUGCCCUGGCUGCUUCUACAACAGGAGGAUAAAACUAAACUACAGCUCAGCCUCCUAAACUUGUUUGUCUCCCAAAACCUCUACAAGAGGGGUCACUUCUCUGAGCUGCUAGCCUAUUGGCAAUAUGUGGGCAAAGACAAAAGCUCCAUGGCCACCGAGUACUUUGACUCCCUCAAACACUACGAGAAGAGCUGUGAGAGUGAAGACAGCAUGACCAAGCUGGCAAACUUGUACGAGACCUUGGGACGUUUCCUUAAAGACCUGGGCCUUCCCAGUCAGGCUGUUGCCCCUUUACAAAGGUCUCUAGAGAUUAGAGAGACAGCCUUGGACCCAGACCAUCCCAGCGUGGCUCGCUCCCUCCACCAGCUGGCCGGAGUUUAUGUUCAGUGGAAGAAGUACGGUAACGCCGAGCAGCUGUACAAGCAAGCCCUGGAGAUAAGUGAGAAUGCAUAUGGAGCCGAGCAUGCGAGCGUGGCACGAGAGCUGGAGUCCCUCGCCAUGCUCUACCAGAAACAAAACAAGUACGAACAAGCAGAGAAACUCAUGAAGACGUCUGUGAAGAUCCGUCAGAAGAAUGCCCGCCAGAAAGGUCAUAUGUAUGGCUUCACUUUGCUGAGGCGCAGGGCCCUGCAGCUGGAGGAGCUGACCCUUGGAAAAGACUCAGCGGACUGUGCCAAGACACUUAAUGAGCUGGGCGUCUUGUACUACCUCCAAAACAAUCUGGAAGCAGCAAAGAUUUUCCUGACUCGCUCUCUGGAGAUGCGUCAGCGUGUCCUCGGCCCAGAUCACCCAGACUGUGCUCAGUCCCUCAACAACCUUGCUGCCCUGCACACAGAAAGGAGAGAGUAUGAGACAGCCGAGGACAUGUAUGAGAGGGCACUGGACAUCCGCAAGAGAGCCUUGUCUCCAGAUCACCCCUCUCUGGCAUACACACUCAAACACCUGGCCAUGCUGUAUAAACGCAGAGGAAAGCUGGAAAAGGCGGUGCCACUGUAUGAGCUGUCUCUAGAGAUCAGGGAGAAGAGUUUUGGGCCCAAACACCCCAGUGUGGCCACAGCACUGGUCAACCUGGCUGUGAUCUACUGCCAACUUAAGAAGCACAGUGAUGCCUUGCCUCUUUAUGAACGAGCACUUAAAGUAUACGAGGACAGUCUUGGGCGCUCACACCCACGAGUCGGAGAGACCCUGAAAAACUUGGCUGUGCUAAGCUAUGAAGAAGGUGACUUCGAGAAAGCAGCAGAGCUCUACAAACGUGCAAUGGAGAUCAAGGAGGCCGAGCCAUCGCUGGUGUGCGGGAACGCCCCGUCUCGACACUCCUCCAGCGGGGACACCUUCAGUCUCAGGGGACCUGCUCCCCUCCCACAUGCCUCAAGGUGACUCUGAUCAGCCAAGCAUGAAUGAAGGAUAGAACACAAACUAGUAUUAUAAAUAUUCAACCCAAUGGUGCUAUCAUAAAGGAACCAUUGUGGUGCUCAAACUGUGACCGUUGCGAUGGAGGUUGUAGGGUUUGGUCAGAUAUACUGUACCUGCCAGUAUGUGUAGAAGUCAGCAGUGUCAGCCUGUGAAACCUGUGUUUUUACAAAGUAUUCAAAAGUUUUUCAAACAUAAGCAUGAGGGAUUUACAUUUCAUAAACCAUUAAACUAACAAACACA